CCCAUCUCACUUCAAAUCUCAGUGGUAAAAGAAUGUCACAUGUCAACAUUUGUACCUGAAGUCAACAUGCCAUUUUCAGGCUGCAUGGAUGAGUGCCAACUUUUGCAUAUCCUGUGACCUUUCUAUCUGGGGCCAUUCAAUUUUUUUAGAAUAUCCUUCAGAGAGUUUAUGCAUCUUAUGGAAGACACCUGACCUUUUGAAGCUUCAUAAUUCACAUCUGCAUGUCACCAGUCUUCCCCAUGUUAACAGUUCUGACCAUGUUUUAUUAUCUAUGCCUGCGGCGCCGAGCCAGGACAGCUGCGAGGGGAGAAAUGAUGAACAGCCAUAGAGCCAUAGAAUCAAACAGCCGGACUUCCCCUCUGAAUGCAGAGGUGGUCCAGUAUGCCAAAGAAGUGGUGGACUUCAGUUCCCAUUAUGGAAGUGAGAAUAGUAUGUCCUAUACCAUGUGGAAUUUGGCAGGUGUCCCAAAUGUAUUCCCAAGUUCUGGUGACUUCACUCAGACGGCUGUGUUUCGAACUUACGGAACAUGGUGGGAUCAGUGUCCCAGUGCUUCCUCACCAUUCAAGAGGACGCCGCCUAAUUUUCAGAGCCAAGACUAUGUGGAACUUACCUUUGAACAACAGGUGUACCCUACAGCUGUUCAUGUUCUGGAAACCUAUCAUCCUGGAGCGGUCAUUAGAAUCCUAGCUUGCUCUGCAAAUCCCUAUUCCCCAAGUCCACCGGCUGAAGUAAGGGAAGUUUCUUUCUUUAGCAGAUGGGAGAUUCUUUGGUCAGAGAGACCUACGAAGGUGAAUGCUUCCCAGGCUCGCCAGUUUAAACCUUGUAUUAAGCAGAUAAAUUUUCCCACAAAUCUUAUACGGCUGGAAGUAAAUAGUUCUCUUCUGGAUUAUUACACUGAAUUAGAUGCAGUUGUAUUGCAUGGUAUGAAGGACAAGCCAGUACUUUCUCUCAAGACUUCACUUAUUGACAUGAAUGAUCUAGAAGAUGAUGACUAUGAAGAAAACGAUGAUUGUGGAAUGGACAAUCUUAACAAAAAGCUUAGCAGCACUGCCCUCAGGGAAGGGCCAAAUAAUGGAUAUUUUGACAAACUACCUUAUGAGCUCAUUCAACUGAUUCUGAAUCAUCUUACACUCCCAGACCUGUGCAGAUUAGCACAGACUUGCAAACUUCUGACCCAGCAUUGCUACGACCCUCUCCAGUACAUCCACCUCAAUCUGCAGCCUUACUGGGCAAAACUCAAUGACACCUCCCUGGAGUUUCUACAGGCUCGCUGCACUCUCGUCCAGUGGCUUAACUUAUCUUGGACUGGCAAUAGGGGCUUCAUCUCUGUUGCAGGAUUCAGCAGGUUUCUGAAGGUUUGUGGAUCCGAAUUGGUGCGCCUUGAGUUAUCUUGCAGCCACUUCUUAAAUGAAACUUGCUUGGAGGUUAUUUCUGAGAUGUGUCCACAUCUACAGGAGUUAAAUCUCUCAUCCUGUGAUAAGCUACCACCUCAAGCUUUCAACCAUAUUGCCAAAUUAUGUGGCCUUAAACGACUUGUUCUCUAUCGAACAAAAGUAGAGCAAACAGCCCUGCUCAGCAUUUUGAACUUCUGCUCAGAGCUUCAACACCUCAGUUUGGGUAGUUGUGUAAUGAUUGAAGACUAUGAUGUGAUCGCCAGCAUGAUAGGGGCCAAGUGUAAAAAACUGCGCACCCUGGAUCUGUGGCGUUGCAAGAACAUCACUGAGAAUGGGAUAGCAGAGCUGGCAUCUGGGUGUCCACUCCUGGAGGAACUUGACCUCGGUUGGUGUCCUACGCUGCAGAGCAGCACCGGGUGCUUUGCCAAACUGGCACGCCACCUCCCAAACUUGCAAAAACUCUUUCUUACGGCCAACAGGUCUGUGUGUGACACAGACAUUGAGGAACUGGCAUGUAAUUGUACCAGAUUACGGCAACUGGACAUACUAGGAACAAGAAUGGUAAGUCCGAUGUCCUUAAGAAAACUCCUGGAAUCAUGCAAAGAUCUUUCUCUACUUGAUGUGUCCUUCUGCUCUCAAAUUGACAAUAGAGCUGUGCUCGAGUUCAAUGGGAGCUUUCCAAACGUGUUCAUAAAAAAGAGCUUUACUCAGUGACUUAAUGUAUGUUCUAUAAUAAAAUCAGUGUGCUUUUGUGGGGUUGUAUGUUAGAAUUGA